UUGCAAAUGCUCCUUGAGAGUUUGUCGUCUAUUAUCGAUCAGAUCUCGAAGUCGGUGCUCGACUUAUCCAAGGCGUCCAUCAAGGCGCACGAGUUGUUCAAACACUUUCGCGUGCCUACGGGCAUCGCGCAAAGCGACAUGAACGUGGAUACCGCGACAAACGAUACGUUGGGGCGGAUUGUGAAGAUUGCGUUACAUUUUAUUGACAACUUGUUACGGAACGAAGUAUACAGCCACUCGCGUGCGUUGGUGCUCAAGAGCUUUGGCGACUUUUACUUUCGCACACAGGCAGAUGCACAUACGCACGGGGACCUUCAUGACCCCGCGUUUGCGCCACCUCUCUGCCUCGCCCAGCCUGAGCUCUAUGCCAUCGGCUCCACUGCUACCUCCUUACCCAACGAGCACACGCUCCUGCUGAUCAUCGAGAAACUCACGCUCUCGUCCACCCAACUUAUGGACCAGGAGGGCUCGUUCAUCGCCCCAGUACUCCGCGGGAUCGUCUCCAACCGCCUCGCGGUCCUCACCAUCGUAUUUGGCUUCCCCGAGCCAAACUCCGCUCACUACGACACGUUGCUGAUUCUCUUCACAUUAUAUCCCGACGUACACUUCACGGUGCAGAAGAACCUCGUCAGGGAGUGCGGCCAGACGAGCCCGCUCGGGUUCAAGCCUCCGUUCCGGAUCCCUACUAACCCGCUCGAACCGCCAAUGUCGCUCUCGCUUGCCGCAGUGCAUGCCACUGCGCUCUCUGGUACGCUUGGUGGCUACGUGUACCCGAAGAUCGCCGCGAGUGCGCCGGGACUCCAGGCAUACGCGGGCUCGGUGUUCGCAGUGACGUGCGGCCACGUCGUGCUCAAGGACACCGCGGCCAACGAGGAAGGCAACAUGUACUCGGUUAACAGCUACCCGCACGUAGCGGUGCCAUCGCCGGUAUUGAUCAACAUGUAUCGUGCGGCGUUGACCCACGAGCGUGGCAAAUACCCAGCCAAGUCUGAAGAAAGCUACGCGUACGCACACGUGAUCGCGCAGAUCGACGCCCUCUUCCCGUGCGGCGAUGCGGGCAAAAACACGCCCGCAACGCCCUUCGGGCAACUCGUCUGGGGCGAGCGCACGAUCCUUCACAAGACCAACAAGCUCUCGGACUUGGCGAUCAUCAAGAUGGACAAGACGUUACGCUGCCACAACACGCUUGGUGAUGAUGUCUCCUUCGCCGAAUACGACCCGUCGUUGAUGUUCAAGAACUUGCGAGUACGUAAGACCGUGACGCUCCUGGACUUUGUCGAGACGCGUGGCAUGCAUGUAUUCAAGUAUGGCUCCACGUCCAAGUUCACCCAGGGCCGUGUCAAUGGGAUCAAAAUGGUGUACUGGGCAAACGGGAAACUCCAGACGUCCGAGUUUGUAAUAGCCUCCACGGGCGGCGCGCGCGCCCUGGCUGGGUUGUUCGCCUCGGGUGGUGAUUCGGGCGCGUGGAUCUUGACCAAACUCCAGGACUUGCAGUCCGCAACCGACCCGGAGCGUGCGCGUGACUACGCGCGCGGUGGCCUUGGUGUCUGUGGCAUGCUCCACUCAUACGAUGGUGAAUUCAAGCAGUUUGGCUUGUUCACGCCGAUGGAGGACGUCUUGAGCCGCUUGCAUGAGGUGACAAACGUCGAAUGGGGUAUC